GUGCUGUGUGGUAUGUCCUACGCGCGAUUCGUCCGACCGGCUCUCGACGAUAUGACGACGCCGAUCGGCCGUCGCGCGCGUACGUACGUAUCGUACGGGCGGAACACCCUGGCGAGAGCGCGGUGCUUCAAAACCGGCCGCGUUUAGUGGCUCGCGUUCAGUAGCGAAGCGCGCUCCGCGCUGGAUGGAUCGACGACGGUGAUUGUGCGCGGCGCGAACGCUCUCGCUCGACGGCGACGUGACGGUGCGAUGCACGUCGGCAGGACCGGAGAGUGACUGAACGAAUAAUUGAUCGGAAUACAUACGGCAGUGCGAUUCAACAUGUCCAUGAAGAAAGAGUCGCCUUGGGACGUGGAGUUGCAUCUGGCGGCGGCACGCGGGGACGCCAAGCGUCUUCGUAUUUUAUUGGAUUCCGGACGUGUCCACGUUGAUUGCAAAGACAAGGACGGCACGACACCUUUGAUAUUGGCCGCCGCUGGUGGCCACAUCGACGCCGUGAUCGAGCUGUUGCAUCAAGGGGCGGAUCCCAAUGCCAAAAGGCUG